GGGACGAUCGACGUUGGAGGAGUUGCACAAGUGUACGAGCGAGCGGUGAAUGGCUCAAGAGUUGAGUUUGACAACUUCGACCUUGACCCAACUGCCCGUCACACCGUUUGGUCGCUGACUCUAGGCGGCCUUUUCAUCUACGUUUCACUGUACGGCGUCAAUCAGACGCAGAUACAGCGACUGAUGACGGUGAAAACGCUUAAGAAGUCUCAAAUUGCCCUAUUCAUCAGCUGGAUCCUCACCUCGCUGCUCUCCUUCCUGACGGCCUCCUGUGGUCUGGUCAUUUAUGCAAACUUUUGGCGCGAAGACCCGCUAAAGUGCGGUCGCAUCUCCAAGCCAGACCAACUUCUCCCCUACUACACCGUCUCAAAGCUGUCAGAGUACCCGGGCGUCCCAGGACUAGUUGUCGCGGGCAUUUUCAGCGGAUCACUCUCCACAGUGAGCAGCUUUGUGAACUCGCUCUCUGCCGUGACNUCCUUCCUGACGGCCUCCUGUGGUCUGGUCAUUUAUGCAAACUUUUGGCGCGAAGACCCGCUAAAGUGCGGUCGCAUCUCCAAGCCAGACCAACUUCUCCCCUACUACACCGUCUCAAAGCUGUCAGAGUACCCGGGCGUCCCAGGACUAGUUGUCGCGGGCAUUUUCAGCGGAUCACUCUCCACAGUGAGCAGCUUUGUGAACUCGCUCUCUGCCGUGACGUUGGAAGACUAUCUGAAACCGGUGCUGAAGAAGUCAAAUGGGUUCAAGCGAAACGAGAUUAUCAUCACAAAAGUGCUCGCCUUUGGCUACGGCUGCCUGUGCAUCGCUCUGACCUACGUUGUGGACAAGAUGGACGGCCUGCUGCAAGCUAGUUUGACGCUUUUUGGCGUCGUCGGCGGUCCACUGUUGAUGCUCUUCACAGUGGGCGUUGCAUUCCGAAGCACCAACUCAACUGGGGCUAUGACCGGCUUCCUG